AUGAUUCGCCUAACAGCACUUAACGAUGACAGUUCUAGAAGUUCGGUUGAAGUUGAUAUUCAUCCAAAAGAACCACCUUUGGAAGUACAGGAAGAAAAUGCUUUGAAACUGUACAAUGAAGCUCUUCAAGAACAAAAAAGUGGCGAUAUUGAUAAAGCCGAGGAAUUAUUUAAACAAUUAUUAAAUACAAAAUUUUUGUUAAAGUUAAAAAAAUCAGAUAAUGUUUUCUCUCUCUAUUCGAAACCUGAUCUCAUGUUAAAGUAUUCAUGUUAUAAAAAUUUAGCUGUACUCUCGGAAAGGAAAAAUUUAUUAAAUGAAGCUUUGGAAUUUUAUUGGCAAGCAUUGGAAGUUGACGGAUCUGAUGUUACAAUGUGGUAUCAAAUGGGUUGUGCAGCAUUGAAAUUAUUUAAUUUGAAAGUAGCUCUUGAAGCAUUUUUUAAGGGCUUAGAAUACAGUCCAAGGCAUUGGCCAUCACUAGAUAAAUUAAUUAUGUGCUUAUUUGCAUUAAAUGAUUAUGUUAACUGCCUUUAUUUUAUAAGUAAAGCAUUCGAUAUAGAUGUUAAUUACACUAGGGGUCAAGUUCUAAGAGAUUACAUUUUUACAGAGCAACCAUCUCUUGAAUUUGAUAUAAAAUAUUUUUAUCAAAAAAUUCAAUUACACUCGGACAAGAAAUGCGAAGUGAGCGAAGAAAUUCAAAACAAGCUUUUAAAUGAAGUAUUGCAAAUCAGUAAAGGUUAUGCUGAAAAAUGCAAAGAAGAGGUUUUUACUGCGGAAGACAUUGAUUCGUACACUCCGGAAAGAAGAAUCGACACGCCGACAUGGGCCUGCCUGGGGGAAACCAUAUUGGAAAUAUUUGAAGAAAUCACAAACGGAGACAAAUACAUAAGCCUUUUGACGCCAGUCGAUUUGUCAAAAAGUCUUAACGAAUCAAUGAUCGUUUUCGAAGGCAAUAACGAAACUUUGGACGAUCAUAAAGAAACAAACGAUUGCGGAAAUGGUGUCAAAGCAAGCGACGAUAAAUCAUGUAAAAAAUCCGUCGAUGGGAAUUGUGAAAAAAAGAAUAAAAAAAAUAAAGGAUCGGCUUUGAUGGAAGAAUUACUCUGGAGUGGAAAAAGACGUUCUGCAAGAGUCAGAUCAUCGUUAAGGGGAAAUCCCGAACCCGUGGAUGUAGCUGAAGCUUUAAGAAGAAUACUACCUAGAAAAUUACUAUUGUUCGAACGACAAGAAAGUGCAGAAGAAAAAAGGCAAAAGGAAGAACAAGAUAGAUGCGAGGUAGAGCAAGAUAUCGGUCUGAUAGUCGACAGCGAAGGAUAUUUCGGAAAGUUAAAUGAAGAAAAUGACGUCAGAGAAUUUAUUCGUAACGAAAAUGGAAAUAACAUAAUAGAAUUAGUCAAAUUAUACGUCAUGGCUUUGAAAAACCAUUGGAAUAAAACUUGGCCGCACGGUUUGCCAUUGAUUUACAUAAAAUGUUUUCAAUUGAUGAGAACUCAUUAUCCUCUCGAUUUUAAAAUGUGUACAACCGAGUCCAAGUUUAAAGAACUCGUGGAAGAAUCCGGAUGCGUUUUAUUAUACGGUGAAUUAUAUUUGGAAUAUUUAGCAAGUGUUAGAAACAAAAGUACAAACGAACAAAAUUCAUGUGAUGAUAAACCGUUACAAAUUAUUUUUUUACAAAACGUAAUGGAAUUAACGGAUCGAAAAGACAUGUUCGACACGGAGGAAAAUUAUUUUCAAUUUCUAAUAAGGCUCUAUUGGUUGAGAUGCAGGAUUUUUUUAGACAGAGGACAAACAAAUUUGGCAAUCGUCGCUCUGAACGACGUUCUGGCAUGCUACGAACUUUUUCCACAGUUUCAAUCGACGACGGUUCAUUUGAAAAAUAGCAAAAAAUAUAAUGUAAUAAGUAAAACGUUCACAGAAGAAUUUUUGGCUCAUCAAUCAAGAAAAAGAAGUCUUGCCGAAGUCGUUCGAUUGUACGAAGAUGAAUCGUAUAGAGAAUUAACGGAAAUUUUAAAAGACACGUUCGCAACAACGGUCACAGACACGGUUAAUAAUUAUUUUAAAGAAGAAGAAAAUAAAUUGAUAGACAGGCAAACUCAAUUAUCGAUGCUCAUAAACGGUCUUUAUCAUUUAAAUGAGUACAAGGAAUGCAUUUUUUGGUUAGAAACGUGUUGCUAUGAGAUUUUACAAAAAGCUCCCAUCAAUUUUUUACCCGCGGAAGAAGAAGGGGAAUCGUGGAUGGUGACGUUCGAUAGGUUUCUUGCCGCCAUUGAAAAUUGCAUACAAUUGGGAAAGGUUAAAAUGACGGAUGCUCUUCCUCGGAACCGUCUUUCCCGUUUCGUUCAAACCCUAUGUCACGCCGUGUGUAAACAAUUGGAAGAUUCCGAUCGUCCUCCCUGUCCUGCGAGACCGUGGAUAAUGUUGAACACGAUAUUGAUAGAUUUGGAAGACGAUGAAAAAUCCGAUGCGGGAACAAACAACGACGAAAUGGACGCGGACGACGAGGGAAACGACGAAGAAGAUGACAACGAUAUUCCUCCGUCCAUUUUGAUUUUAUUUACCGCUCACGAGUAUUUAGGAAGGAGGGAAUGGUGCAAUUGUAACGAAAGCGUACUUUUAUUUUUAAUUAUGGAUCAAGUAAUACCUCACAUAAGGAGCUCGGAAUGGUCGUCUUUUCGAGAAACGAUUCAACAACAUUUAGAACAAGUUAUUUACUGUUUGUAUUCUCAUCCUAAUAAAAAAUCGAAGGCAAGAUAUUUAACGGAGCAUAACGUGAAUACGAUACCUUUGACCUGGCAGAGAGGAAUUCAAUUGUUUGAUUUGUUUCGACCCGAUGAAACUCCCUCGUACGAUUCUUUAAGAAUCAAUUUGAUUAGUUCGGAAACGGAAGUUUUAUUUAGAAGAAUAGCAGCUUUGAUACCCGAGGAUAAAGAUCCCUCUCAAGUGUCAAAUAAAAUGACGGAAUUUAUCGUUGGGAAAAGAAACGACGUACCCGAUAUUAGUAUUUCACUUCCGGAACCCGUGCGAGAUUUAUUUUACAUAUUAGGAGAUUAUUAUUUUAAAACACACGAAUUUGCGAAAGCCGUAAAUUAUUUACUCAUGGAUUUGUGUGCUAAUCCCGGACGUGUCGAUUCAUGGGCGAGCAUGGCUUUGUCCAGAGCAUCUCUAUUAGAACAACAAUUGAAUUCGUGUGAUCCUCUCAAAGACGAGGUUUUUCUUCAAAGUGCUCUGUCGGCUCUAAGAUGUUACGAACACUGUCUUCAGUUGGACAAUAAACAAUGCGCUUUAUGGAUUGAAUACGGUUCGUUCGUGUACACGAUUCAUUCGUUUUGUUCGCAAAGAAUGAAAUUGGAAUCGUUCAGUUUGAGUUUGGAACAAUUCGAAGAAUUGGAAUCGACGAAGAAUAAAAUGUUGGAAACGGCCAAACAAGCUUUCGUGAACGCGAAUUUAAUUUGGUACGAGGUGAAAGAGGAAAACGAACGUCAAGAUGAAAGGUGGUUACAUCAUUACAUGCUCGGUAAAAUAUGCGAGAAAAAUGGAGAUUUGAAUUUUUUCGAUCACUACGAAAAAGCCGCGGAUUUGCUGUACGAAAACGAAGCCGAAUUCCCGAGUAAAGUCGGUUACACGGCACCCCAAACUCUCGCGAUAGAAGCUUUGGAAGUUUACUACAGGGUUCACGUUUGCAUAAUAAAAAAUUUGGAAUUGACGGAGGGGAAACCGCUGGAUCAGAAAACGAGAGCGUUGUUCAAUAAACAUUUGAACAUGUGUUCGAAAGGGCCUUUUGCCAAACAGGUUUCAAAAGUUGAUUUGGCGAAAACCAAAGCGAAAGAAUUGGAAGUAAUGCAACAGGAAAAACAAUUGAAAAUAAUCAAAUCCGUUUUGAACGACAUCAUUGUUAAAAUAGAAACGGAAAAUGAAAAUAAUGGAUCGAAGAAGAGAAAACUCUCAUGCACGGAAGAUAAAAAUAAAUUGAUUACGAAGGAAACAAGUAUUUGCGAUGGGGAAACGACGGAAACGAAAGAAAAACUGGAAUCGGAAAAUGAAAAAGACAAAGGAAAUAACGAUGGGGAAAAAUCGUCUCACGACGAUUUUUCCGAAUCGAAAAUCGUCGAAGAAAAUGUUAUCGAAGAAACGGAUGUGAUCGCGGAUACGGAAGAGGAAAAAAUGGAAGGAUCGGAUUUGAAUAAAUCCAUGGAAGUUUUGUCCGAACACGAACAAGGUGGCAACGAAGCGACGGACGAAAUCAAUAAUGCAUCGUCGAGCGAAGAACAGGAAAUGUCACAAAAAUCCGUUAAAAAUCCGUCGGAUAAUUUUUUCGAAAGAAUGGAAGAAUAUAAAAACGAAGAACAGCGUGGUUACAAAGGGAAGAAAAGGAGAAGAGAAUCGCAGGAUAGCGUCACGAGUUCGUCGUGCGGUUCCGGGGAAAUAAGAAACGACGACGAAUCAAGUUCGAGUUCUACGAGUUCGGAUUCUUCAGGUUCGUCGCAAGCAACGAGUUCGAGUUCGUCAAGCGAAUCAUCUCAUUCUCAAUCGGAUGACACGAAUAAAGAUGCGUCAAAGGAAACGGAUGACGAUGACAAACACAGCGAUAACGACAAAGACAAAUCAUCGGUGGGAAAUCGUGCGGAAAAUUUUACGAUGGGUGAAAAUAAUAAAAAAUCCGAAGGUUCAUCGAAUCUGUCAGAGAGUAGCAUGUUGAUGAGAUGCUUGCAAGCUUUCGAAACUUGCGCCCUAAGAUUUCCACAACACUACAAAUCCGUUUAUCGUUUGGCUCAUUUUUACUUCCGGUCCAAGGAACAUCGGGACAUUGGAAAAUGCAAAGAACUUUUACUCGGUCGAUAUCAAACUCCGAACGGUACGAUACCUGGAUUGUUUGCCGAAAGGAAAAAUACAAAUUUUUUUAACGGAAUAUGGAGGAUUCCUGCCGGUGACGUAGAUCGUCCUGGAAGUUUUGCUUCGCACAUGAGCCGAAGCGUUCUUUUGUUAAUGGAAGUCCUAAGAGAUUUAAAAGAUCAUAAAAUGUUACUGGAAAUAUGUUUGCAAUUAAGAAAAACUCCAGAGCCUGACAAGAAAUAUUUAAGAGAAGAUGAACGGAAUCAACUUUCCAGUCAAUCUUGCGAUUUAGCCAUUCAAACGCUAAGAAAAAAUGUCAAGGACAGCACAGUCAUGACUCUACCGAUCGUCUUGGAUUGUUACCGGUGUUACCAAAAAGUUCAAAAACAUUAUUCUCACAAGGAAACCGUGUACGGAGACAUUUUGUUGGAAGCUUUUAAAAGGCUCGGAAAAGGAGAUAAAUGCUCUCUGGAUCAGGCACUUAGAUUUUGCCAAUCCGAAGUUUCCGUCGUCAAAACUAAAGUACCAAAGACUCUUAAUCCCAACGUGCCCGUGACGCCAAAACCACCGAAACCCAAAAAGCAAGAAAAGAAAAAAUUGACUCCGAAACCUCAAAUGACGGCAAAAGUCAUUCAGAAAACUCCGAAACCAAAGAAAUCCGGAGAGGUUAAGAAAAGAUCUCCAUUCAACCUUGGAUUACCACCGAAUUUGUUUAUGGAUCCGAGUUUUUGGUCAUCCCUGGUUAAACCCACGAUGGAACAGAAAAUAACGGAUUCGAUGGCUUUGAAUUUAGCCGGAGCUCAAAUGUACGCGGAAAUGCUGAGAACGGCUACGCUCUCCGUGAAACAAAGAGAACAAACAACCGAUAAAAAAAUGGCGGAGCAAAUGUCAUCGAAAACGGGUUUGGAACAAUCGAAAUCGGACGGGAAUCAAAAAUCACCGACGGAUUUAAUGAAUUUUCUCUCUGGAUUUUACCCCUAUCAAAAUUAUCCGUUUGAUUUCACGAGCGAAAAAUACAAACAAUUGCUCGCGAAUUAUUGGGGAAAUCUUUCCCUCGCCGGAAACCUCUACGGUCAAAUGCAAAGCAUGAAUUUGAAAACGAAAACGAAAACGAGCAAAUCUCAUUCCCUGUUGAAAUCAUCGAACCCGUAUCAAAAACCGGAAACGUCGAAAUCCGACGAACUCAAACCCAAAACUAAUUUCAACAUAGAAGAUAUUUUGAACAAACCGUCGUUGACGAUCACGAAAACGCCGCCGACGGCGUCUCCCGGGCCGCCCCCGCCGCCGCCGCCGCCGACGUCUUCCCCGAGCAUGAAAUCCAUAGAGGAAAAAAUAAAAAGCAUAUCGAAAGAAGUUCACAUAACGAAAUGUUCGUCGUCGUCGUCGCCGUCGUCAUCUUCGUCGCAAGUCAUCAAUCUGAGCACGACGGGACGAAAAAGUGCGGGAGACGGGGGAAAAAGGAGUCACCCGGAGAAAUUCGGUGCGGAAUGUGGGAGCGGAAUGACGGCGGCGAAAAAAUUAUGUCGAGAAUCGGAACAAACGACAAACGGAAACAAUGAAAAAAUCGAAGUCGUCGUGAUCGACGAUUAA